CAUGAGUUAAAACCUGGACCACAGCUCCGUCGCAAUUGGCAAGGACAGCUUCGAUAUAAUUUGCAGCAACUUUAGGCCUAAGUGUUGUGCUUGAAGUUCUGUAAAACGCUGAGUGAAGGUGGAAACACGGACCAGACGAAGGCCAGGGAUUGAGACUUGAGUCGUGCACCCAAGAAGACAAAUAUCUCAGACGAAACCAUCUCAAGACCACAAACGAAGAUCCAGCAAAGUCAUCAUGGCAGACUCGAAAUCAAGUGCGUACCGCCAAUAUCUCCCAGAUUUGAGCAUUCCUCGCUUCACAACCAUGAAGACCGAGGAUGCCCAUGUAUAUGCGCAAAGAUUCAAGGAAAGUGGCGGCCCUCCUUGGAUACACGCUCUCUGGCUGCACUGGAAGAAACUACUGCGAGAACCAUUCAAGGGCGUGACUAGUGAUGGCACCGUCCGUCCAGGACUGUUCAAAUUGCAAGACGAGGGCGUUCCGAUCGACGACAUUGUUUCAGCAACCAACAAGGUCCUAUCACAGCUGACGCCAGAACAAUCGUCCGCCAUUUCGCACCAUAUCGACUCUCCGGAAUGGCGGACUUGGUCCAACCCAGAAUUCCUCCUGAGCCACAAAGGUAUCCGUCUUGACGAGGUUACACCCCAAGUCCGCGAUGGAGUCAUGGCCGUCCUCCAAGCGACAUUGUCACCGGAAGGAUACGCAAAAGCCGUUGGUGCCAUGCGUGUCAACGGCUUUCUGGGCGAACUGGUGGAAUCACCUGCCGUCAUGAACGAAUUCUCCUACAACUUCGUGCUGUUCGGCGAGCCUUCAACCACCGCUCCAUGGGGGUUCAGCUUCUACGGCCACCAUCUCUGUCUUAACAUUUUCUUGUACAAAACUCAGAUGAUUGCCUCGCCUUGGUUCACAGGUGCAGAGCCGAACUUGAUCGAUGACGGUCCUUACAAGGGUACUCGAAUUCUAGAGACCGAGGAGGAACUCGGUCUGCAACUCAUGCAGUCUCUGCCCGCAGAACAACAGACCAAAGCACAGACGUACAAGGAAAUGAAAGACCCCGCCAUGCCCAAGGGACGCUGGAACCACGACGACCAACGCCAUUUAUGCGGCGCUUAUCGUGACAAUCGAAUCGUGCCGUACGAAGGUAUCCUAGUCAGCGCAAUGACAACGGAGCAGCAAUCGCUGGUCAAUGGCAUCCUGAACCAGUAUCUGCUCUAUCUUCCGCAGAAGGCCCGGGAUAUGAAGUUGAAGAAUAUUGCCUCGCACUUCGACGAGACGUACUUCAGCUGGAUCGGCGGCUUCACAGACUCGGAUCCCUUUUACUACCGGAUCCAGAGCCCGGUGAUAUUGGUUGAGUUUGAUCACCAUUCCGGAGUCUUCCUGACCAAUAAAGAGCCGGCCAAGUUCCAUAUUCAUACAUUGUUGCGGACGCCGAACGCGGGAGACUAUGGGAUGGCGCUGCGUCCCUUGAUUCCUCCCACCGUCGCUCAAGAAUUUGUCUGGGAAGGCGACAAGUGAAAGCGGUCAGACCAGGUUUGCUGUUCAUGACAUGCCUGUGGACAAUACCGAGAAGAUAGCUUUGGUACGAGUCGAGUCGCCAUCGAGCCAUCCGGCAUGAAAAUAGAUCCCAUCAUGCUCCUUUUACU